CACCUUACUCUGUGGAAGGAAGGUGUCUAUCAUCGAGAUAUCAGCCCUGGAGGCUUGAUGUGGUGCAGAAAAAACGGCAAACUGAUCAGUGUGCUAAACGACUACGAUCUAUCCUCGUUGGUGGAUGUAGUGGGUCCUCGGGGCAACGGGCGUACAGGCACGGUACUGUUCAUGGCGCUCGAUCUUCUCAGUACAGAUGCUCAACAAGGCGAAGUCAAACACCUAUAUCGCCAUGAUCUG